AAAAAAGAAAUAAUUAAAGAGAUACUCAUCUGCAUAUGGUAAUAAUAGGAGACAACAACGUUCUUCCCACUCACACUCACAUCCUCACUCCGCCAUCAUCCCUGUCCGGUCGAUAAUCCUUUCUGCCGUCAUACCCGCCGACUCCGAGUGCCGCCGUCAAUUAUUGUAAUUAUCAGGACAGCAUGAGCUUCAUUUCCGGGAGCUGAGCCUGAGCCUGAGCCUGAGCCUGAGCCUGAGCCUGAGCCUGAGCGAGGUAUUCUAAGCUAGGGUGAUUCCAUCUCGUGCCGCCUUUGAGCUUCGUUUAUCUAGUUGAAUUUGAUCACGAGGGGAGUUCUGCUCAAUGCUCAUCAGUGUAUGGUAGUAGUUUUAAGGUCAUUUUCUAUGAAGCACAAUCCUAAAGGACUUCGCAAAAUGAACUCUUCCUCAAUUUUUUUUUUUCCUUUUAAAAAAAGGUAAAUAAAUAAAGAUCAUCUUUCAGUCUCACUCACGGCUCUUGUUCUCACUCAUCAGCCAUAUUGUCUCUCUUGCCACCACUACUGCGUUGUGUUUCUGUCUCCCUUGUCACUACCCUAAGAUUGGUGAAAUCAGUUUCUAUUGCAGAUACAGCACUUUCGGCCUUGAGGUCCUGUAAAGGGUCAUAUUUUCAAUAUUAGGGUUUACACGAUAAAGCUUCUGAAGGGAUCACACUUUGGGUCUGUAGCUAGCCAGCUUAUAAAGCUGUUCAAGUCUCCAGUCUUUGCUUUGAAGCUUUUGGCCUGACCUUUUACUUCUAUGAAGUUUACGUGUUUGAGCAAAGGUGGUGGUUUCCAUUUUCCAUCAUGUCACAUACUCAAUAUUUGUGGCUUUAGGAUUUUGUUCAACGUCCCGUUGGACCUCUCAGCUCUUACAAUCUUCUCUCCUAUCCCAAAUGAUUUUGAUACUUCAUUAGAUGAAGAAAAUCUUUGUUGCCCAGAGUCUGACAUACAUAGGAGACCAGAAAAAACCACCCUCAACACAAGAAAUCUAGUGUAUGCAGAGCCUUGUUAUAAAACUGUUACAAAUCUACACUUGUGGAAUGCCUCUUUCAUUGAUGUUGUACUUAUCUCGAGCCCAAUGGGCAUGCUUGGAUUACCAUAUCUUACUCGAAUGAAGGGUUUUUCUGCUAAGAUAUAUGUAACUGAAGCCACUUCUAGACUUGCGAAACUUAUGAUGGAGGACCUUGUGUCAAAUCAUAUGGAAUACAAACAGUAUUAUGGAGUCAAAGAGUCUGUUUUCCCUCAAGGGAUGAAGUUCGAAGAGCUUGAUCAACUUCCACCCACAUUGAAGGAGAUUGCUUUAGGCAAAGAUGGGGAAAAUUUGGGUGGUUGGAUGCCCCUAUACAGUGCAGUUGAUGUGAAUGAUUGCUUGCAAAAGGUUCAAACACUUAAAUAUUUGGAGGAAACCUGCUAUAACGGCACAUUGAUCAUAAAGGCAGUCAGCUCAGGGGUAGAAAUUGGUGCUUGUAAUUGGGCAAUAAAUAGUCCAAAAGGGGAUAUUGCAUUUAUUACCAGUUCCAUCUUUCUUUCUGGGCAUGCAAUGGAUUUUGAUUACCAUGCUCUUGAAGGGAAAGAUUUGAUUUUAUAUUCAGAUUUCUCUUUCAUGGAUGACCUAGAUAGUGGAUUCCACUUUGCUCCAAUAACUGAUUCUAUCAGAUCUUUAGCUUCUGCUGAUAUUUCAGAGGAAAGGGACAAACUAGCUUUUGUAUGCUCUUGUGCGAUUGAUUCUGUUAAAAGUGGCGGCUCUGUUCUUAUUCCCAUUGAUCGGCUUGGAAUUGUUCUGCAGCUAUUGGAAGAAAUAUCGGCUGCUAUAGAUUCUUCAAACAUGAAGGUUCCCAUAUACUUCAUUUCUUCUGUAGCAAAAGAAUUAUUAGCUUUCACAAAUGUCAUACCUGAGUGGCUGUGCAGAGAGAGGCAAGAAAAGCUGUUUUCUGGUGAGCCAUCGUUUGCCCAUGCCGAGCUCAUAAAGCAGAAAAAGCUUCAUGUGUUUCCAGCCAUUUAUUCACCUGAAUUAUUAAUAAAUUGGCAGGAACCAUGCAUAGUAUUUUGUCCUAAUUGGAGUUUACGACUUGGUCCCGUUGUUCAUUUGCUUCAGCGUUGGUGCAGUGAUCAAAAUUCUUUACUUGUUCUUGAGAAUGGAAUUGAUGCUCAGCUGGCUCUUUCACCUUAUAAGCCCAUGGAAAUGAAGGUUCUUCAGUGCUCAUUUCUCUCUGGAAUAAGUUUGAGUAAAGUUCAACCUUUGUUGGAGAUUUUGCAACCGAAAGCUGUUUUGUUUCCUGAGGAUUUGAGGCAGAUUAGUUUUCAAGAAUCGACGCCCUUCUCUAUCUCGCACUACUCUGAGAACGAAACACUAGUUAUACCAAGUUUGAAGAGCUCAGAAUUUGAACUGUCAAUGGAGUUGGCUACACAAUUCCGUUUCAAGAAGUUGAAACAAGAACACAUUAAUGUGACAAGGCUAAAGGGAGAGCUCCUUGUUAGCAAUGGCAAACAUCAGUUGGUCUCUGAGACCAACCAGGCAGACCAGAAGAAAUGCAGGCCCGUUCUAUGCUGGGGUUCUCCUAGUAUAGAAACUCUUCUGGCAGCAUUGUCGGAAAGGGGCAUAAGUGGAACAGUGGAAGGCGGCGCUGUAGAUUUGGAGUGUGAAAAUGUUUCAGUGAUACAUGUCGGCGAACCUAAUAGAGCUUGCAUAAAAAUCGGAGUAACCAUUACUGUUGUUACAGCUGCUGAUGAAGAUUUAGCUCGCCGGAUUUCAGAGGCUAUAUAUAGUGUUAUUGACAAUACUUGAGAGGCCAAUUUUUUUCCCUCUUUUGCCAAUUUGACCUGGAUAACAUGGACAUGUUUCUGUAUAUAUUAUUUAAAUGUUGUUGAAUGCUAUACAUAGUGUUCUUGACAAUA